GCUUGCUUGCUUGCUAGUGUCUUAGGCCGCUAGCUACAGGGCCCAUUUGUCAGUGGUUCGACGGGUCUUUGGCCCGAUGAAUGAAUGUACGUGACUGAUUGGACUAAGUACAAGGACGUUAAUCGGGCUCGUCCGCCGCGGUCGCGGUCGCCGUAGCCGCGCCCGUCCGCGCAUGCGCCUGCGCCUGUUGCUGCACGUCAUAGGCGCCCCGACCCUGCUCGCGGUCCACGGCGGCCCUCGCCUCGGCCUCGCGCCGCGCGCGCGCAGCCUCGGCGCGGCGCGCCUUCCGAGCGGACGUGCGCUCGUCGCGCGGCAGGUCCUCCUCGCCGGCGUCCGUAUCGUCCGAGUCCAUGAGCUCCACGACCUCCUGAACGUAGAAGUCGUUGCCGUGGCGUCUCAACACGUCCUGGCGCUUGGCCACCUCCAGCUCGUGGGGCGUCGGCAUUGCUCAGCGAAUUCGCACACUGCAGCCCGCGCGCAGCACUCAACUCAGAAUACGUGGACGCUGCCCCGCUAUUUGUGGCGAGAGAGCCGGGCGCCCAAAUGCGACGCGCGAGGCGAUUUUGCAAUCAGUCCGGGUUCGGGUCGAAUGCCCGUCAAGGAAGCGUGCUCGCACUCGUCGUAGAAGUACGGGACACGUAACC